GAGUUCCUAAGAAUCCCGAAUCUGAGAAACCUGACCUGGAACGACCUCGACCCAGCUCGAGCCUCCAACCUCAAAACACCGACGGUGGCAGUCAAUUGCUUGUCAGACCGACCGACGACACAUUCUUAAGCUCCGCAAGGCGUGCCGACCAUGCUGGCGAGGUCCUGCCUGCGUGCAACGCGCGCAUUCGCCGGCGCGAGAAAUGGCGCCGUGCAAAUUACAAAGCGCGCUGCUUCUUCCUCGAGCUCCGGGUCGACCGCCGAAUCGCCGCUCCGGUUAAACAUCGCCGCCGCCGCCUCUACCGCUGUCGCCGCCGGCUCAAUUGCCUGGUACUAUCACCUCUACGGACCUAAUGCCGACGCCAUGACCCCUGCUGAGGAAGGUCUGCACCCUACCCACUACCCCUGGGUUCACCAGCAGUGGUUCAAGACAUUUGACCAUCAGGCGCUCCGGAGAGGCUUCCAGGUAUACCGGGAAGUCUGCGCCUCGUGCCACUCGCUCAGUAGAGUGCCCUACCGCGCCCUUGUCGGCACCAUCCUGACCGUCGACGAAGCCAAGGCGCUGGCCGAGGAGAACGAGUACGACACGGAGCCCAACGACCAGGGCGAGAUUGAGAAGCGGCCCGGCAAGCUGUCCGACUAUCUCCCGGCUCCCUACAAGAACGACGAGGCUGCCCGCUUCGCCAACAACGGCGCCCUCCCCCCGGAUCUGAGCCUGAUCGUCAAGGCCCGCCACGGGGGCUGCGACUACAUCUUCUCCCUCCUGACCGGCUACCCCGAUGAGCCCCCUGCCGGCGCGCAGGUCGGUGCUGGCCUCAACUUCAACCCUUACUUCCCCGGCACCGGCAUCGCCAUGGCGCGCGUCCUGUACGAUGGCCUGGUUGAGUACGAGGACGGCACGCCGGCAUCGACGUCGCAGAUGGCCAAGGAUGUGGUUGAGUUUCUGAACUGGGCGGCCGAGCCCGAGAUGGACGACCGGAAGAAGAUGGGCAUGAAGGUAUUGGUCGUCACGUCGGUUCUAUUUGCCUUGAGCGUCUGGGUCAAGCGGUACAAGUGGGCGUGGAUCAAGUCGAGACAGAUCGUCUAUGACCCACCCAAGGACGUUCGCCAUUAAGUGCUAGGCGAGGGUGCAGCAGUUAUGACCGCUUGGC